GCAGCAGCAGCAGCAACAGCAGCACGGCCAGCAGCAGCAGCAGCAACACCAGCACCCACAACACCCACAACAACCUCAUCGUAUCACAGAAAACUACAACACUCUCUCACACUCGCGCCAGCAGCCGCAACAGCAGCAGCAGCCUGCAUCCGGCUCGCAAGCGCAUCAAGCGCACGCAAGCGCAAGCAGCGUCGCCACGGCUCAUCUCGACGACGCGGGCGCCGCCUCGCGCUCAUCAGGCCCAGCGCGCCGCGACUCGCCGCCGCAGCACCAGCAGCCGUCGUCGUCGUCGACGGCCCUGCGCGAUUUUGUGCACGCCGGCCCGCCGCCGCUCCGCCGCUUGAGCGCGCCGUCAUUGCCUGGAGCAUCAUCAUCGAGUUUCCGCACCAGCGCCGGUCUGCCAUCACCGCUCCCCCCGUUGCCAUCAGCGCUUUCACACCACCACCACAACCAGCACCACCACGCAUCCGACGUUGCCUCUUCCUCCUCCGCACGCCCAUACCUCCCAGCACCGGCUCCGAGCCUAGCACCACGCGCCCACGCCCCGCCCCCGGCCAUCCACAUCCCCACUGGCCGCGCCAACUACGGUCGAGCAGCUUACAACGAGCCGCAGACGGCGCCCCUCGUCGCCCCACCUCGCUCGCCGCACUUUGCUCAGCACCAGCAGCAGCAGCCCCCACUCUCUGGUGGACGCAUCCCUCUCUCUCCAAUCUCGACACACGUCCGUUCUCUUCUCGCGCCACCCUACGGACCGUCAGGCUCGGCGUCUGCCCCUUCCUCUGCGUCCGCAUCAUCGUCUGCCCCUCUCGACGAGUAUCGUGCCCUUCGCUCCCCCCACCCUCCUCUCACUGCCCUCUACCCACAACACCCGUGGCCCCCGCAGCUGCCCGCCCACGUUCGAUCAGACGUAUCGGCAGCCGCGGCGUCGUCAGCUCAGCCCGACGGCGACCACCACCACCACCCUCGCCAACGCCCCUAUCUGUCCAGUCCCCUAGGCGACGGCCCAUCAAGUGCUAGCAGCACGCAUCACUCGCACAGUUUCCCGUACAACAAUCCUUCCCACCGCCACAUCCACGGCUCGCACCACGCCAGCGCUGGAGCUGCACCACAACAACAGCGCACAAGUUCGCAACAAGGGCACGCCCAGACACAACCCUUGUCCCCCGCCUAUCUUUCGGCUCCCCCUCUCUAUUCUUCGGGCCCGCCUCGAUCAAACACCACACGCACUCAUUCUCCUCUCUUUAUCCCACCACCACUUCGUUUCAAGUACUCGGUAUCGCCCCCUCCCCACUCUGCGUACCCCGAAAUGCCUCCCCGCAAAAAGGUGGCUGGAUCGACGGCGACCGUGACGUCGACACCACAGACCGUGUCCUCGGCACGCUCGUCCCGCCGCAUAGCUGGCUCCAUCCCAGACGGCAAGGGCAACGGCUGGACGACGGAGCACACGUACGACUCGAUCGGACAGCCAAAAGAAAUUAUUGUCAUCCAGGAUAGUGCAAGCCCGAUCCCCAAGAAGCGCACCCGCGCAGCUGUUGCCGCCGCCGCAGAGAGCGCAAAGUGGAACGGCGGUGGCGGGUCCCACCCCGCUCCCGCCGCUGCUAUCAACGGCUCGAGUACAGCAGCAAAGAGGCGAAAGCUUGAAGAAGAAGCAGAGGCAAAGAAGGGCAAGGCAAAGGCAACAAACUCGUCAACCUCUGUUCACACUCAGCCCGCCCCACCAUUGCCCUUGCAACCGCAGGCACACAUUCAACAACCGGCUCCGGCAACAGCAACUAGUGGCACCCAGGCUCCAGCAUGGGAUGACGCCGAAGGCCACUACAUUGUCAAGCCAGACGAUGUCAUUGGAGGACGAUAUAAGAUUGUGCGCCUGCUCGGCCAAGGAACAUUUGGCAAGGUCGUCGAAGCACGGCACAUUGAAUCUAGGCGAAAGGUGGCAAUCAAGGUCAUCCGAGCGGUCCAAAAGUACCGCGACGCCAGCAAGAUUGAAAUCCGUGUGCUCGAGACGCUCAAGAAGAAUGAUCCAGAGAACAACUUCAAGUGUAUCCACUUGUCAGAGUACUUUGACUUCCGCAACCACCCAUGCUUGGUCUCGGACCUGUAUGGCAUGAGCGUGUUCGACUUUUUGAAGUUGAAUCACUUCCAGCCGUUCCCAGAAAGGCAUAUCCAGGACUUUGCAAAGAGUCUACUUGCCAGCGUGCAGUUCCUCCACUCGUUGAAGCUCGUCCACACCGACCUCAAGCCAGAAAACAUUCUGCUCGUCAGCAAUGAGUCCCGGCUAUCCGGCCCAAGGCGCGCCAAUGCCCGAUCCAAGUCCAUUCUGCGGAACUCGGACAUCAGAUUGAUCGACUUUGGAAGCGCAACGUUUGCCAACGAGUAUCACUCGUCGGUAGUCAGUACACGACACUACCGCGCGCCAGAGAUUAUUCUUGGAUUGUCAUGGUCGUAUCCCUGUGACAUGUUCUCGAUCGGGUGCAUCCUCGUCGAGUUCUUCACUGGCGAUGCCCUGUUCCAGACGCACGACAACCUGGAGCACUUGGCCAUGAUGGAGGUGGUCAUGGGCAAGAUGCCGUCGCGGAUGAUCGAGCGUGGGAGGCUCAAGAAGCCAGAGUUCUUCAAGGGCAACAAGAUCGACUUCCCCAACCCGUCCGUCUCCAAGUCGAGCCGCAAGUUUGUCAAGGGAUUGAAGGCCUUGAAGGACAUUAUCCCGAGCACAAACCCGACGAAUGCGCUCUUCCUCGACUUGGUCGUGCGCUUACUCGACUUUGACCCCGAAACGCGCAUCACGGUGGACCAGGCUCUCCGCCACCCAUACCUGCGCCAAACCAUCCCCGAGCCGCCUUGAGCAGCAAGCAGCUCGGUUGCUUCACCAGCACCACGACCCACCUCUCCAGUCCCCAGCAUUGUCUCUUUCCCUGUCUCGUCCCAUGUUUGCUCGACCUGUAGCGGGCUACGCCACACCUACUGCACACUUUGGUAAUGAUCCGCGGCGCUGUAUUGUGCUAUGUCAAGAGUAGACGGCCAUCAGAAGCAUCAUCUGGAGAUAUGCAACGAUUAGCGAGUGG